UCGUCUGGUUGCGUCUGUCAGGGUCAGUUGGGGAGCGGGCUGGGCGUACGCGAGUGCCUGUGAGAGAUUUUGUGACCUGUGCGUGAACCUAACUCACAGUUUCAGCUGUGUAGGUUACAUAGGAAAGAUGUCUCAACUAAUUACGAUCAAUCUUUCAAAACAACCUGGAGCAUCAUGGGGCUUCCGUCUGCAGGGCGGAAAGGAUUUUGCACAGCCUCUCGGGAUUCAAAAGGUCAACGUAGGGUCGGUGGCAGAGCAGGCUGGGGUGCAGGUUGGCGAUGCCAUCGUCAGCAUCGGCGGCGUGGACGCCAUCAGCCUGCGGCAUAAGGAGGCGCAGGACGCCAUCGUUAGGGCCGGCAACUCCUUCCAGCUCGUCGUCCAGCGAGGCUCGACGCUGUGGAAGCCCAAGGUGACGCCCCUGGCGCAGCCGGCGCCCACACCGCAGGGUCCCGUCGCCACCAAGACCUCCCUCAUCAAGAACGCUGCCGCCAAGAUUAACAUCGGCAGCAGCCACAACACUUCACCCAGACCAUUUCCUGGUCCUGGCACCUGGGCGUCUUCUCCCAUCCAUGUAAGAACUCCUACCCUUCCUCCUGCCUUCAGUAGUCCCUCCGAGUCUACUCCUCAACCGAAGAACAACUUCAGCGCUGGCUAUCCUCUGGAAUCUAAAAUCGAGUACGGUGACAUACACGACAUUCGCAGUGGGUCAUCUCCGUCUUUUUCACCCUCGCGACUUCUUUUCAGUCGUUCACGUUUGGACUCCGCAGACGGCAAUUCUGAGGUGUCUUUCGACUCUAGUUCGGUCCUCUCCAGAGGCGUCGGAGCUUCUCAUGGAUACUCGAACGACAUUACGCGAAGGUUGACUUCCAGUCGGGAUAGUCUGAAUAACUUGCACGACUUAUCUUACGCUUCCGAUAGUAGUGUGCUGAAAAAUCGAUGCGUUUCGCCACCGUUUCCUUCACCUCCGCCUCCCUUGCAAUCCGCGAGGCUUGACGUUUCCCCACAAGGACGAUCCCCUUCUCCGGGAGCAGGUAGUCUGGGCAUUUUCCAGAGCAAAAAUACCUAUACGAAUCUUUCAUCGUCACCAACGUCGGCUUCACAUGACCAGUUCCUAAAUCCUGUUUUCGAUAUUGAGAAAGAGAACGCACUUAAGAUCGAAGGAGCAGACAUUUCCCUCGACAAAGAAAAUGCACGAAAUUUCCUCCAAAUGCAGCUUGAUAAAGAGAGAGCUCGGGAGCUCUAUGUAAAGUCGCUCGUCUCUUCAAAAGACGCCAUCUACGAAGACAACAUAACAGGAGACAGAUUCAACACCAAAACCCGCAAAUAUUCUGGUGGUGUGCCUAGUCACAAUCUCAACAACUCGGCUGUCGUCGACAAAUGCUUGAACAACAACAACAGCAAGAAACAUUUCCCCAAUAGAAGCACGGACAACAUUUUCUGGAAGACUCAUUCUUCCGAGUUGAAUGGAAAUAGUAUCAACGAAGCGAAUAAGUCAAGCGAGGAGCGCAGGAGUAGCAAAGUUAGUGAUAAUAUUAAGCUCUUUAAUGGAGGCCGCAGACACAGCAGUUUUGUUCCUCCUCAGCCUGGCAAACUGAACUUCAAAAGCAGCACGCUUGACCGCAAUGCCAACCUUUCCUCCACUUCUCCUUCCUCUGUAGCUGAUCGAACCAGCAGCACUGGUCGCUUCCUGAAAAACACAGCCCCGCGUGAGACUCCUCGCAACAGAUGGGCAGGAGAUGGUUCCCUGCGUAGGGUUCCGUUCUCAGGUUCUUGUUCCAGUCUCUCCAACGUGGAAGAUAAGGCGACUAUGAGUGGCAGUAACAGUAAUGUUCCGUGGCGCAACCACUUCUCGGAGCUGCGGCGAAAAAGCGCUGUUGCCGUCACGGAAGCGUCGCGCAGUUACAGCACGAGUCCAACUCCUAAAGUGAACGGGACGCCGAUCGUGAACCCUCAGUACAACUCCCCCAUCAACCUCUACAACGAGGACAGCAUCGCUGAGGCUCUCUCCGCCCAGUCCGAGGUGCUCGGCAAGGGAUGCCUGGGUGUGAACUUCAUGAAGAAGGGUCGGGACGGAGGUGUGGACUUGGACUCGGACGUACUGAGGAUGGUGCAGGAGAUGGACCGAGCUCCUAAGACACCUCCCGUAGCUUCAGGUACAAAUAGCGUGUACUGCGGGGCGGCGUCCCCCUCCGAAAUGAUGGGCACUCCCGAGGUGCCCGUACAAAGCGCCUCCUUUAAGAUACUCGAACGAUACCUCAGUGGCGACGAAGCUGGUUCAAGGCCAGGGUCGGGAGUGUCGAGCCCUGUGCCAGGGUCGGGUCCAGUCGUUCGCAGCGUACAGGCCCCAGUCACGAGACCCAGACCCGAAGGCGAGGCCCCAGGAGGCGCCACCGUGUGUGCCCAGUGUGACAGGCCCAUCGUUGGUGUGUUCGUCCGUAUCAGAGACAAGAACCUGCACUCCGACUGCUUCCGCUGCAACACCUGCGGCAGUUCCCUCAAGAAUGUUGGUUACUACAACGUCAACGACAAGCUGUACUGCGACGUACACGCUAAGCAGGCGGCCAAGCACAACCCUCCUGGCCCCAACAUGGUCCCCUACACCGUCAAGCCGGGGGCGGCCCCGCCUGCUGGCGCUUUGAGCGCCCCCGUCGCCAAAGCCCCCGCCGCCAAGACCCCCGCGUACAAGCCGUCCUCCCCAGGCGUUCGCAUCGUACCUGCUCCUAAUUUCGGGAUAUCCUCCCCCAUCAAGCAAAACCAAACGACGGCUCUUCUCAACGAAGCGUUCGACAAGCUCUGCAUGCAAGAGCAGUCUUUGCGUGACCCUCCGGCAACUUAUGACCAACGACCGUUCGAGGACCAGCAUGCCGACCACGGGCUUGUUCAUGAACGAGAUAUCCGUGGGCCUGUGGGCGAAUAUCAUGAUCAUGUAGAAGAACAUCAUGCUGAAGAGCGACAUGUUGUAGAACAACAUGAACAUGUGCAACACGUGCAGAUGGAGCAACAUUGUGUGACGCAGCAACAGCACCACCAAAUAUUCCAGCAGCAGGAGAUGUUCCACGAUUCCGGAUUCCAGGAUUCGUACGCCUCUGCUGCACCGGUCGCAGCAUCAGACAAGCCCGCGCCUGUCGAAGCACCAGCUCCCGUUGCCGAAGAAGUCAGAUCAGCGCCUUCGCCUGCGCCUGAACAGCCGCCGCCUGAGGAACCACAAGACAACCAGGCUACUGGUGAGGAAGUCCCUCAAGAAACAACGGUUCUGCCUGAAAGACCUUCGGAUGCUGCUGUGGUUCCGGAAUCUGAAGUCCAAGCUCAAGCCAUUGCUGAAUCAGUACUUGUUAAUGGAGAAGAAACCUCGUUAGAAACUGUUGCUCCUGAAACCAAGACUAGCGGCACCGAAAUAGGUGAUGAUCAGCCUAGCGAAAGUGGUGACCUUUCGGAAGCGAGAAACGAGGAACCACAGCAAACUCAAAAUGCUGUACACGAUACCGAAGAUUCAGUGGAUCAAGCACAAGAAUCGGUAAAUAAUGAAAAUGUUAUAGAAGAAGAGUCUGUCACUGAAGAUGCUGGGCCUCGUGUUGAUGAGGCAGUGGAACUUAAGGAAGAACAGCCAACUGAGACGGCCCAAAAUGCUCCAGAAGCUAUACAGGAAGUUGCUGCUCAGCCAGAAUCUGAUCUAAAAACGGAGACGGAAGAACCGGUUGAACCUGAAUCGGUUGUUCGUGCUGAAUCUGAACCAUACUCUGUAGAAUCAGAGCCCGUAGCUGAAGUCGAACCCGAGUUUCGUGUUUCUGUUGCGAAGUCUAUUCCCGAAGAAGAGCCAGAGGCAGUUUGCUCUGUUGAGGAAUCUUCGGAACCACAGCAGCUCCCACCCUCAGUACAAAAACCUGCACCACCGAUUUCCUCGGGGGUGGGAACAUUGCCAUUCGAGAUGCCAGUGUACAUGCCUCAGCUGGCCUCUUCCUUAUCCCCUGCCCCCACCUCCUCCCAACCUUCCGUUGCCCCUGGAGGCUCCUCGGCCAAUCCCGCAGCCUUCGGCGCCCCGUCGGGAGGCAUCAACGUCCGGGCCCACAUCCCCAAGAAAGCAAAUAGAUUUGUGUGGCCUCCCCGACGGGCGCAGUCAGAAGAGGGCACCUCGGGGCACACGACCCCUUCAUGGGCCCCGGUUGGAGAGGCUCUCAAGGUCCCCCUGCCUGUGAAACCCGAGGGGCCUCCUCCCAAAACGAUCCCUCUUCUCCCUACUCCUCCUCCUCCGAAAGACUACGAUAGCAUGGUGAAAUCCGCGGUUAGCUUUUCCACUAGCCAACAACAGCAGCAGCAAAAAACCGUCACACAGACUAUUCAUCAGUCGACCACAUCCGUGCAACACCAGGAGUCUUUCGUACAGAAAACGACAGUCGAAACUAAAUCAAAAUCCAUUGCUUCAUCGUCAGGAACUGAGUUCGUUGGUGUGCAAGCUCUUGCUGCCGCCGCGGAGGGAAAGAAAAACCUAAUGAAAGGUCCUAUUAGCCCCCCUAAAAUUGUACCCAUUACUAAAGCUGCGCAAGGGGCCAUUGCGCCUAAAACUGUACCCUCUCAGCAAUUGUCUGGGGCUCCUUCAGCUGGUGCUUCUUCACCAGCUGAAGUUUCUUCCCUCCUCGGAGGCAUCAAGAAAUCUGCUUCAAUCCCUGGUGUCAAGUCUGUUAAAGCUCCCGUGGCUGCUGUUAAAAAGGCCUCGCCUUACGUCGGCUUCAAACCUGUUAAGUUCGGCUCUGCUGGACAGCAGGCUGCCCCCUCACCUGCACCCGGACCUACUCCUAAAACUCCAUUAACUCCUCCUGCUCCCAUUAAAGUGUCUGAACUGCCUUUCGCUGUUCCGCCUGCUCCUUUUGCUCCUAUUACCGUGUCUGCUCCAGCAGCUGCUCCUAAGAUCGCCCCUAAAUCGGCUCCCAAGGUUGAACCUAAACCAGCCGCCUCCUCCCUACCCGCCAAACCUACAGGUCCAGCUCCGGCUCCAUCUUUCAUCGCUCCAAAGCCAGCUGCGGCUCCAGCUCCAGCUCCAGCUCCAGCUCCAUCAUUCAUCGCUCCGAAGCCCGCGGCUGCUCCUGCUCCAGCUCCCUCGGCACCAAAACCAGCUCCGGCUCCUGCUUUUGCCCCGGCUCCUGCAUUUGCUCCGGCUCCAUCUUUUGCCCCGGCUCCGGCCCCAAUGUUUGGCGGUGGAAUGCCAAAGCCCGCACCUCCGCCAGGCAUGGGCGGACCUACCAAGCCUCCGGGUGUUGGUGGUCCCCCCACCAAGGGCAUCCCAGGCGAGCGCACGGCGCCCAAGAGGGGCCGCGGUAUAAUGAACCCUGCGGCCGCGUCCAGGAUACCCAUCUGCGCUAGCUGCCAGCGCCAGAUCAGAGGUCCGUUCGUGACCGCCCUCGGCAAGAACUGGUGCCCUGACCACUUCCACUGCGCCACGGAUUCUUGCCGCAAGCCACUCAUCGACGUAGGCUUCGUGGAGGAGCAAGGUAACCUCUACUGCGAGGACUGCUACGAGAAAUUCCUUGCCCCAACCUGCGGCAAGUGUGACAAGCGCAUCAAGGGGGACUGUUUGAACGCUGUUGGCAAGCAGUUCCAUCCUGAAUGUUUCUGCUGCACAUACUGUGGCAAGGUCUUCGGUUCAGGAGCCUUCUACCUUGAGGAUGGACUGCCGUACUGCGAGACCGACUGGAACGACUUGUUCACGACCAAGUGCGUGGGCUGUGGCUUCCCCAUAGAGGCAGGCGACCGCUGGGUGGAGGCUCUCAACAACAACUACCACAGCCAGUGCUUCAAGUGCUCGGUGUGCAAGUCCAACCUCGAGGGCAAGAGCUUCUACGCUAAGAACGGACGACCUUUCUGCAAGUCGCACGCCGGCCGCUAGAAUAUAGCGGCAUUCCCCUUGGCUCUGCGCUCUAAAUUUUAGCGUGAAGCAAUUGAAGUCAAGGCAACCUGUGUGACCUAACCUUCUAUGCAUUGACUGCUUCUAUAUCUGCAAUGGCAAUUGGUUCUUUGUCACCACAAAAAGCGUCUGUUAUUUUUGCUGUAUCUAUCAAUAUUGUUGGUAGUAGCGUUAACGUAUUUCACCGCUUCUGCGUCUUCCUAUCUUCUACCUACCCCCGAUACGAAAAUAAUCACUUUAUUUCAGUGAAGACGUUAGUCACCAAUUUCUAAUCGUCCUUGUGAUUAGACUAAGAGGUUCCAUGCCUAAGUUAAAAUAACAUUAUACGCCUGUUUUCUUAUGCAUCUUGAAGAUACUAAAGCUCAUAGCAACGGUAUGGCAGAUGUGAAACUUUACUACAAUGACGGGAGUGUGACGCUUCGUAACAUCAAAAUCAGAGUUACCAAAUCAAAAUGAAAAUUCAAAAAUUAUUGAAGGAAAUCAUAUUCAGCGCUGUCAGUGUCAAGAACUUGAUCUAACGUCCAAGUAUUCUCGGUCGAUUAGUUGUCAUUUUCUUCGGCGUACUGAUUAUUAUAGUUCUACAUUGAGUAAGUUUCGCGUAGUUCAUCCCUGAAGUCUUCUUUGCCUCGCUCCCUAUAUAACACAGCGUGAGCAUGACAGCCAUUUGAGAUUUGGUCACCUUUUUUCUGGCGUUUAUUGAAGUGGAACGAAAACUAUUGUUUUUUGAAUACUGAAUUAUUCAAUAUUAUUUUGGUUUCUACGAUUUAGAUGAUGAAUUUUUGAUACUCUCUACCGAUGCUUAGUAGCCUGCACUUGCUGCCAUCAACGCUGGCCCUCGCCUGCUCUUUUCAUGAUAGCGUCUUGAGUAAUAAACUUUAUUGAUAGCAAUUGUGAUGAGUUAUGAAAAUUGUCAAUGUCCUGCAGGAAUUGCCACUACAGAACUUAAUUAUAUAGUUUACAAUGAGUUUUAAGGAGCAAUCGAUUUGCGGUUGAGAAAAAUUUUUAUUGUUUCUCGUUGCCCAGAACUAAAGCAAGUUUUUUUCACGUGUAAUCAACUGCUGUGCAUGAUGAUGAGUUGAUGCUUCAUCCUUCUGGUGUCUUUGUGGUAAUUCAAAAACCUUAACCGCUGACUGACCCAACACGUUCAAUUAUUCACCUGUUUUUCCUCCGUUCCUUUAGCUUCUUGUUAGCGUUUAGCAACUUGAAGAUGUUUCAAAGAUUUUCGUUCGUGUGGCUCACGAACAUAAAACAUUAACUGACCUGCUGCCAAGGGGGACAUUCUCUAUCCAUUCUGUUGUCGAAAUGUUAAAUUUUGUCGAAAAGUUAAAUGUUGAAAUUCUGUUAGCGUACAGGUGCUUCAGCUUGUUUAAAGUUUGGACGUAAAAUUUCAUGUCAGACUCGUAUGUUGCGUUGCUUUAGUUUCACUGUACGAUACAUUCUUCAGUGUUCGUCGAGCCGGAUAAUAUUUUAAGAUUUUGUUCUCGUUUCAUCAUUAAAUUUAAAUCUCCUUGUUUAGUAUUUGCGAUUAAUGUAAUUUGAUGAUGAUAAUUAAAUGAUAUAGAUUAUAAUUGAUAUUAUUUGUUUACCAUCGGGACAUUUGAUCCAGCUAAUCAGGAACUAUUCACUUACCGUGCUUAAAUUAACAUUCAAAAUUAUAAAGGCCCAAGUUAUUUCCAUUUCUAAAUUAGUCCUGAUGGCAGUUAGUUUGAGUUUCGUGUUUGCUGUGAACUGAAAAGUUCAUUGAAGAAAUGUUCGUACGCCUGUUAAGUAAAUUAUUUGCACACA